UUACUAUAUACUUUUUCUAAUCAUCAAAAGUAGAAAUAAAUGUAAAGAGUAAAAGUUUCUCCAAACCUUCAAAAAAUAGUACCUAAUUGCUAAAGAUAAAUAGAAAGAAAAAAAUAGCAACUUGUAGAAAUCUAUGAAAUUGAUACUCCUAUUAGUCCAUAAAUCUAAUAAUAGAGCUAGAUACUUUCUUAGCAAGACUAAAAUCAAAAAGUUAAUUAAUAGCAAAAAAAUGGAAAAGAGAGUUCUUACUUUACCUAGAUGAUAUCAGAGAAACCUGUUUAAAUUUCUGAAAAAUUCUUAGAUAACUUAGAAAAAUGCUAAAAAUUUAGAGAUGAAAAAGUUAAACAAUCUGAAAUUGUUGUGAAAAUUGAUUAGAAAUAAAAUUUGUUUAAACCUAGAAGCAUAUAUGUAGAGCAAGCUUUGCAGUGUAUCGAAAAAAUAAAUAAAAGAGAAAGAGUGGAAAGUGCAGAUAUUGAAAAGCAAAAAAUGUUAGAACUAGACAAAUAAAGAAUACAAGAAUUAGAAGAUAAAAGAUUGAACAAUUUACCAACAACAAUUGAUGAGAUUGAGAAAAUAAGAGAAGAAAAUGUUAUGGUUCAAUAUAAAGGCGGUGUCUAGAUUUAAGAUCAAUCUUAGAAUCAGAUGAAAUAAAUAGAAAAUUCACACUAAAGAUAAAUCUCUUGCAUAUAAGAAUUUAAUUAACUUGAUUAAUUUGAAAAAAACAAAAAUGUUUUUUAAGAUGACUACCUUUAGUAUAUUUCAUAUAAUCCAACAUAUGAUGAUGACAUACACCCUAAAAAUAAAGUCAAUCCGUUGCUAGAUAUGUCAAGCCUAAGCAGAGAUUUGAUGAUUUAAGGACCAAAUGUUAAGAAAUUAAUGGUAUAGAAUUGCAUUGAUAUUCUUAACUUAGAAGAUAUUCUUAUUAACAAAGAUGAAAUCAAAGUUCAAGAUAUAAUCAACAUAGUUAGCGAGAGGAUUAAUUAAAACUAGUUAAAGUAUAUAUUUUCUAACAAAGGUAUUUUUGAUUUAGCCAAGCAGGUCUAGGCAGAGAAUGAUUAGUAGUAGACAAAGAAAAAAUUUUAUAAAAAUAAAAGAAAGCGUGUAGGCGAAUUUAUAAGCUAUGUGAAUAAUAUAAAAGAACUUAAAGAAAUUGAUGCUCUGUAAGAGCUGAAGCACUUUGUGCACAUAUCAAAUUAUAAAGAUUAAAGUACUGAAGCAAACUAAUUUGACAUAAUAGAAGAAACAAAAGAAGAAAUAGAUUGGGCACUUGAAGAUUUUUAUUUUAUUAAAUAAGCCAAGAGAAAUAUUGAACAAUUUCCAAGCUUUUUCGAGGGAGUUUCAGAAUUAUAAAAGGCUAUAAAUAAAAGAUUUGAAGAUAGCUUGAUUGAUUUGCUGAGGAUAUUUUUAGGAGUGUCUAAAUAAGAUUAUUAUGAAACAAAAACAGUGAAAUACGAAGAUUUAAUUAUAGAAUUAAAGAAAAUAGUAAAAAAUCCUGAAUCUAUUAUCAACUAAAAGAUCUAAGGUCAUUAAAAAGUUAAAAUCCUCUAUAUUUUCUUAAAAGAUUUUCUUCCUAUUGUUUAAAAAGAAGAACAAAUAGUAGAAUAAAUUAAAUAACUUCAUAAGCAAAUAAGCUAACAAUAGUAUGAAGAAAAGAAAGAAAUGAGUAAACCAUCUUAUGUAAAAGACUAUGAGUAAAGCACAAUUAAACUAAGAAGAUAAAAUUAGUAAAAAAUCUUUAAAACUAUAAAUAAAUUAUAAGACAAAAACUCAAAGGUUUUUAAAUGA